AUGGCUCCAAAGAAGGACGCAAAGGCCGAUAAGGCUCAAGCCAAGCCCGCCAAAUCCGGAGGCGGCAAGCAGAAGAAAAAGAAGUGGAGCAAGGGAAAGCAGAAGGAGAAGGUGAACAACAUGGUGCUGUUCGACCAGGCCACGUACGACAAGAUGCUCUCCGAAAUCCCCAAGACGAAGCUCAUCACCUCCUCCGUGCUCUGCGACCGCCUGCGCUAUGCCUGGUCUGCCUGUCUUUCCUCUGGUCUUCUUCUCCUCGUCCUCUACUUAUCUGCAAGCCCAUCUUUUCUCCCUCCAUCUCCCCUUCCGCCAAAUCCCCUUCCGCCAACUCCCCCUCCCCCAUCCUCCUUCGUCGGGGGUAGCGUCCGCCAAUCCGGCUUCACGGCGUCGCCCCUUGCGCCUUCGUGCGCGAGCUUCCCCCCGUCCUGCGGAAACCCAUCCCCCCGUCCCUCUCGCUUCAGGCCGUCGUCAGCAGGAGGCGCUUCCCCUCCGUUUGCUGCUUCUCCUGCUUCUGCCCUUGCUGCUCCCACUUCUGCCGUUGCUGCACCUGCUUCCCCUCCGUUUCCUGCUGCCUCCGCUUCAACCCUUGCUGCUCCUGCUUCCUCUGCCACUGCUGCUGCUUCAUCUGCUGUCGCUGCCCCUCAUAAGCCAAGUGCCAACGCCAAUCGUGGUGGAUUGUCUGCGGCUCUGCAGACGUUGCAGUUGCUGCCCGGGACAGGUGCUGACCUGGCACCAGCUGCUGACCUGGCAACGUGUGCUGAGUUGGCAGUGCCAAGUGAAGCGCCAGAGAAGCACAGAGAUGCACGUCACUCCACUCCCUUUGAACGCCACGUCAGCAGCUGCCGCAUCAACACCACUCCAGCAUCAGCGCCAACAGUCAGCGACCUCUUUUUCCACCGCUGGCUCGCUUCCAGGGCCGCCACGUCAGCUUGCAGCGGGGAGAGGAGUUGCGUGCGGAAAUCCCUGCUGAAACGGUCGCUGGUUGGUUCGUUUGAGGAGUCGCUGAUGUGGCAGGCUGCUACUGGCCAGGAGGAGGGCAGCGGGGUAAAGUACAUUAGAGGGUUCAAAGCCAUGCUAGCCGUGCUGUUGCAGCAAGGGGAGUGGACCGCCGUUCCUGUCAGAACCACCUUUUCAGCAGCCUUCCUGCCCUCCUUUUCAUCAUCCCCUCGCCCUCCUCUAUUUCCCCGUUCUUGUCCCUCUGUCCCUCCCCUCAUGGAAGUACAUCAGCGGUACAUCAGCGGUUUUAAGGCCAUGCUAGCCGUGCUGUCGCAGCAAGGGGAGUGGACGGCCGAUCCGGUCAGAACCUCCUUCUCAGCCGCGUUCCUUCCCUCCUCACCGUCCCAGCUGUAUGCUGCCAGCAUUACGGUUGGUAGAGGGCAGGGGGAGGGGGAGAGUGGAGGCAAAGGGAGGGUAGCAGUGGUGGGGUUGGAGCAAUCAGGCACGAGCAAGCAUGCUGGCAUGGCUCGUCGUGAUGCUCCCAGGGCUGACAUCCUCGGUUCUGAUGGGUGCAGUGCGGCGAUUCCAGUUGACAGAAGAGUCGCGGGUAAGCGCAAAGACACUCGCAGGGAGCUGCUGUUUGGAGUGGAAGGCGGGACGGGAGCAGAAGCGGCAGCAGCCGCAGCAGCAGCCGCAGCAGCAGCAGCAGCAGCAGCAGCAGCAGCAGCAGCAGCAGCAGCAGCAGCAGCAGCAGCAGCACGAGAUGAUCGGGUAGAAACGAAUUCGUCUGGUGAUUUUCAGCAAGCUGAAACGGAUGGGCGGAAGGAGCAGCAGAGGCAGAAGCAGAGGGCGAGAGAGCGGGUGCCGACCAAAGGGCGCAUUCAGCUGCUGCUGUCGAACCCAGAGGGCACACCCAUCCACACCUUCUCCUGCUCCUACGACCUCUCUGAUAUGCCCCCCAACUCCAAGACCUUCAUUCGCCAGAGAACGCUGCUUGCACCCAAGCACGCUGCCGCGCCCUUCCAGGAAGCUUCUGGUUGCUCAAGCCACCAAGCUCCUCCUCCUUUGCAGCAGCAGCAGCAAACGAGGCAAGGAAACACACAGGAGCAGCAAGAGGAGGCGCAAUCGGGAGCAGUGAGAGCUGUGAUUCACCUGCAGUUCCAGUGCCUGCCCAAGCCACGCAGUGCUGCUGCGGCUGCUGUUACUGCUGCUGCUGCUGUUACUGCUGCUGCUCCUGGUGGUGGUGGUGACGGCGCCACUGCUACUGCUGCUGCUACUGGCGGUGGUGAUGCCGCUGCUGCUGCUAGUGGUGGUCAUGUUGGUGGUGGUGAUGGGCAAUGGGAGGGGCAAGGGGAUGUCCAAGGGGAGGGUUCAAAGGAAUCCCGCAAGCACAGGCGUGAGGGCGGCAGGGAACGGAAAACUCGACUGUUCCUGUGUGGCGAUGUGCGGGUGGUCUUCCCCCUCUCUGCACCCACCUCCGACAACCUCAAGGUGAGCCUUGCUUGCUAUUCUGCUUCGUUGUGA